GCACAUGGAUGAUGAAGCUCCUGACACAAAGAACUCGAUCACGCCACGCGUACGGAAGAGAUCAUGUCUCAUGAUGCCAUCGUGCGGAGCACCAUCGUUCAACAUUUCCGACAAACACAAAAUCCUCAAAAUCUAUUACUAGUUUACUGCUACUGUUACUCCCUCCCCUUCCUCUUAGAGAUCUUGCCGUCUUCAUUGGAUGAUGAUCCUUCAGUUCUAGGUUUCACAUUCUCAUUGUCAAUGCUGCACCACAACAAUAAUCAUGGCUAGAAGGAGUGAGUGGCAUAGCAAUUCUCAGAUGCUGUCUUGAAGUGCUUCUUAUGAGCUUACUUGGAAGUUUAAUCACUGUAGGUUUUUUGUUGUAGAAAGUGUGAUUGAGCUAGAUUUGCUGAUCAAGGAAGAGUUUGCUGCCAAGAAGGGAAAUGUCUUUCAACAAUCAAGCAUUUUGGAUGGGAAAGAGCCCUGAGUAUUUGGACGAUGGUGACAUGACACAUGAUAGUUGUUCUAGAAUGGAUUCCAAGCGUGCUCAUCAGGGGUUCAUGGAUGACCCUUCAGUGGACCUGUUUCCAAAUAAGAAACAGGCAGUAGAUGCUCCGAUGAAUUUAUCAUCAGGAAUGCUCAAUUCCAAUACUUCUUCAUGGGGAAACUCCUCUGGAUUUCACUCUUUUACUGAUCAUUUUACUGAACAACUAUUUCACCCAGAUGCUGCAUCUGUGAAUUGUGAAAACGCGAACAUUUGCCCUCUUAGCACCGAUAAUGAGUUGAGUCUGGAAAGAAAGGAUAUUGUGGAUCCUUUCAGGAAUGAUUCCUCAUUUGGUUUAUCCAUGUCAACUACAUUAGAUGAUCCUCAAUCAGUAUUUAAUCAUGAUGGAAUUUCAAAAGUCAAAGUUAACGAGGUUAAGGAGUCUGAGAAUGUCAUGUCUGUUCCGGGUAAUAAUCCCUAUGAUAGGGGAGCUAGUAACAGUGUGUCAAAUCCUCAUGCAUACGAGGGAGGCGAUAAUUCCAUAUCAAUGAGUCUCCCCUACAACAAAGGGGAUGCCAGUAUAUUGUUUACGGGUGAUGCUUAUGACAGGACAAAUAACAAUUUAUUGACAAUGGGUCAAACUUACAAUGAGGGGGAUCGCAACUUACCUAUACAUGCAAUAUACAAAGAGAUCUGUCAUACGAUAUCAAUGGAUCAAGGAUUCAGUAUGGUGGAUAGUAAUGUGAUGUCUAUUCCUCAAGCUUACAACAAGGCCCAAAACAAUUCUAUGUUAAGUAACCACUUAUUUAGUGAGGUUGAGAAUGGCACCAUAGCGAUGGGUAGCACUGAUCACCAGAGAGAAAAUGACAUGCCAUUUGUUUCUCAUUCAUAUAAUAAAGGAGAGAGCACUAUCAUAUCCUUUGGUGGCUGUGAUGAUGAUGAUCCAACUUCUAGUUUAUUCCUUUCCAACUACGGACUUUUGAUGGGUCAAGCACCUUCACAUAAGCCAGAAGCUGUGAAUGCUAAUGAGUUUGUUAUAUCUAGCUCUAAUUUACCUUCAAGUACGGCUCAAACAUCUGCCCUUGAAACUGAAAAUGUUCCCCAAACAAGAGACGAGAUAAAAGUGUCUAAGAAAGCUACUUCUAACAACUUCCCUUCCAAUGUCAGAAGUUUGCUGUCCACUGGUAUGCUGGAUGGUGUCUCUGUAAAGUAUAAAGCAUGGUCACGGGAGGAACUUCGAGGUGUUAUAAAAGGUGCUGGGUAUUUGUGCAGCUGCCAAUCUUGUAAUUUUUCGAAGGUUAUUAAUGCGUAUGAGUUCGAACGACAUGCUGGUUGCAAGACAAAGCACCCCAAUAAUCAUAUUUACUUUGAGAAUGGGAAAACUAUAUACGGGGUUGUGCAAGAGCUUAGGAGCACUCCACAGAAUAUGUUAUUUGAAGUUAUUCAGACUAUAACCGGUUCUCCUAUCAAUCAGAAAUCCUUCCGCGUUUGGAAAGAAUCCUUUUUGGCUGCAGCACGUGAACUCCAACGCAUAUGCGGAAAAGAUGAAGUAACACAAUUGUUAUAAACAAGCAAUUUUGAGUUGUAAGAUAGAACAAUCCUUGUGUUCAUAGGAGUAAUGUUUUAAUACACCUUUUGCUGACUGGUUGUCAACCAUAGAGUUUUGAAUCCUUUUCCCAAUUCAGGAUAACUUGGUCUUUUGGAGGUCAUGGCUGCAUACAUGAUUUGUUGUCAUGGACUUACUAAUACAACAAAAUCUUCAGUUAUGUUCCCAUUCAUGUAUUUAAUGGAUUUAAUGGCAAAGGAUUUUGUUCACCAAAACCUUA